AGAUCUGUACAGACUGGAGAGAGGUUCUUGCUUCAACAGUGAUUGGACGGAACUUCUUGUUCGGCUCGCUCUAUUUAUUAUAAAGUUUAAUUUUCUAUUUUUGGUUUGUUUAAUAAAACAAUAAAUCCAGCUGAAAAUGGAGACUUCUCAGAUCCGUCAGAACUACCACCGCGACUGCGAGGCCGCCAUUAACAAGAUGAUAAACAUGGAGCUUUACGCCUCCUACACCUACACCUCCAUGGCUUAUUACUUUACUCGCGAUGACGUCGCGCUCGAGGGCUUCGCGCAUUUCUUCAAAGAGAACGCGCACGAGGAGCGCGAGCAUGCCGAGAAGUUCAUGUCGCUCCAGAACAAGAGAGGCGGCCGCAUUUUCCUCCAGGACAUCAAGAAACCGGAGCGUGAUGAGUGGGGCAAUGGACUGGAGGCCAUGCAGUGCGCUCUGGAGCUGGAGAAGAAGGUGAACCAGGCUCUGCUGGACCUGCACAAACUCGCCACUGAUAAAGGAGAUCCUCAUCUGUGUGACUUCCUGGAGACUCACUACCUGAACGAGCAGGUGGAGACCAUCAAGAAACUGGGUGACCACAUCACCAACCUCACCAAGAUGGAUGCCGGGAACAACCGCAUGGCCGAGUACCUGUUUGAUAAACACACCCUGGGAGAGAAGAGUUAAACCUGCCUCCACACUGAUCAGCAGAACCUCCAUCAUCAAACCUAAUGAGAUUUAGUGUGCAGUAAUGUGUGUGUAGGCCUGCAGCUUGGAGUAGAGUCUGGAGUAGUUUCAUGUCUGUCGUGUCUAUGAUCUCUUAUUCUCAUGUGGAGGAUUAAACACUAAAGAAUAAACAUUUUGAGCCGGA